GACGCAGCGCAUCCAAAGGAUGUCUCAGGUGUCAAACUGCUGUGCGUCCACCUCUGAGGCAAGGGCGCUUCCUGCUCCAUCCACUGCAGUAUAUAAAGCCGCAACACUGGACUUCUGAAGCACUCACACAGUUUCCAAAGCGCAAAAGCCCCACACUCUCGCAGCGCCCCCUCUCUGCUCGAUCCACUGCGCAGACUCGAGAGGUGAUACGGCAACGUAGCCUGGAGGUACCGCCACGCCAGACGAGAACCCUCAAAAACUCGGGAUAUUCCACCUACAGUUUCCUAAUAAAAAAUAAAAACAACAACAAGAAAAAACAUGAAGCACCAGUUAUUUGCUUUAGAUCUGAUACUUGUGUGCCUGUCAUGCGGAGCAAGUGCACUGGACACAAGCGUUCCUGCUGCGCCACAGUCCUCUCCGCCGGCCAAUUUCACCGGUCCGGGCGCAGAGCGCAUCAAUGGAGCCACGAGUCUCUCCAAAACCAGGAGGCGGCGUUACAUCAGCCAAAACGACAUGCUCGCCAUUCUUGAUUAUCACAACAAAGUCAGAGGCAAAGUCUUUCCACCUGCCUCCAACAUGGAGUACAUGGUUUGGGACGAGACGUUAGCAAAGACAGCUGAGGACUGGGCUCAUGCCUGUCUGUGGGAGCACGGGCCGUCUCACCUCCUCAGGUUCUUGGGUCAAAACCUCUCUGUCAGGACAGGACGCUAUCGAUCCAUUCUUCAGCUAGUGAAGCCCUGGUAUGACGAGGUAAAAGAUUACUCAUUUCCUUACCCUCGUGACUGCAACCCUCGAUGUCCGCUCAGGUGCUAUGGACCGAUGUGCACUCACUACACACAGAUGGUGUGGGCAACAUCUAACAAAGUGGGCUGUGCGAUUCACACGUGUUACAACAUGAACGUAUGGGGCUCUGUGUGGAAGCGGGCGACUUAUUUAGUCUGCAAUUACUCACCCAAGGGUAACUGGAUCGGAGAGGCUCCCUACAAAGUCGGUGUGCCGUGUUCCGCCUGCCCUCCCAGUUAUGGGGGCUCAUGCAGCAAUAACAUGUGCUUCCCAGCCCUCAAGACAAACUACCUGCACUGGUUUAAAUAAAUACAGGUUCCCCUCAACUUAAGCUGACGACCUACACUACCACAGAGACACUAUUUUAACCAAGUAAGGAUUUGCACAACAGUUUUGGACUAUGCUUUGUUGUAUAUAUUGGCUUAUUUAAAGAGAUAAACAUACAUUUGAAGGCAUCAUAUAAGUUGAUCAAAUGUAAAUAUUUUGUGUAUUAAUUUGGAGCAUUUUUUUAUUGCAAAAUCUAAAAAGUUGCUGAGUUUUUUGAUCGCAUAUUUAUAUAAAUCAUGGGUCUUUUGAAGGUGCGUUCUGCACGCGGUGCUGCAUUUGUUCUUUUUUGACAAUGUGGUUAUUUAGGACAUUACUCUAGGUCUGGUACAGCUCCUCAUACAAGCUCACUUUGGUGCUAUGAGCAUCACACCUUCAUGCUGUGUGCUCUUACUUUAAAAGAAUGUUGGGAUCAAAGAGGAUCAAAAAGACCAAAGCUUUUCACCUCAAAGGAAAACACACACUGACACUGUCAAUGGCAUCAUUGCUUUUUCUUUUUUUGCUCACAGUGAGUUUCAAGAUUCAUACUUUAAGCUGAACUUGAAUGAAAGACAAGUUUUGUCUGAUUUACUAAACUGUCGCUAUUGCUAGACAGGAAAAGAAGAUGCAAUCUGUGAAUAAAUCAGUCCCCUCUGUUCAUGCAGUCUGAAGCAAAUGAAAGAAGAGAAAAUAACACUUCACAUUUAAGUGAAAACACCAGAUAAGAGCCAGAAGAAAGAGUUUCAACCUGGUGUCAAUCACUGCUGCCACAGUUGCCCUGGUUACUAACACAGACUCAUCUGUUGCGCCAAACUUCAGGUUCACAGCUGAAGCCCAGCUGCCUGAGUUGUAUUUAUUCAAAUGACUUUCUUAAAGAACCACUGGUUUUUGUUAAUAUUAAUAACCCUAUUAAUACUCUGACCCAUCUUCGGAACUCUUGUGGUGCUAGAAAGCAGCAAAAACCUUCAGUUGCAAUGUUUCAGUUUUGCCUUUUGUUUACAAGGAAAUGAGUUGCAUUGUUUUCAUGUACCACUUUCUUUAAGUAGACAGGCGUUUUCUUCUGCAAAAAUACAACUGCUUCCUUUGAAGAGAGAUGCAGGACAUUCAAUGAUUAUGAUUAUCUUUAUGCUAACAGACUGAAGACAUGUAAGCUGUUUCGAAGAAGGUUGGGCAUUGACCCGUUACAUGGUAGAUCAUGUUACAUCUUUCCAACUGUUACCUCUGGACACUAAAGCCAAGGCUAUGUAUGCCAUUGUAAAGAAUUUUGCACCUUUUUGAUAAUACAAAACCUGGAUAAACCACCAUUCACCUGCAUUUUCAAUAGACGUGUUUUUAAUCAGAAAUUUGACCAAAUUCUGGAUACAUUUAUCAACAGUUAUUCAUUGAAGUUACUAAAAGUCAUAGCCAUUAUGAGUCAAUAAAUUAAAUUUUUUUUAAGAAUUGAUGUUUUUAACAAUAACAUCUUGAUUUUUUGUUAUAAUCUGCACUAAAACGUUUGUGUACUACAGAAAACACAUUUUUUGGCAUUUCAUGUAAUUAUGCUUCACAGACAUUAAAUCUGACCCAUAUCUAUUUUGAAAUCAUAGUGAAAAACGUAUAUUGGUAUGCCGAUGUAUUGGUAUUCUACAUACUGUUAUAUAUUUUUUUAUAACUUUUAUUUUUUUGAGAUCAUUAUUUUAGUUCUUUUGGAAUAAGGCACUUCAGUGCACCUUAAUUGUUUGUAAAUUUCUAAAAUAUCAAGAAAUUAUGUUAUCUUUUUUGUAUAUGUAGAUAUCAAUACAUUGAUUAUGUCAAAGUGAGUAAAAUGUAAAUUAUUCAUUUUUUUACAUAUUUAAAUCAUAUUCCUUUUGUAGCAAGAGUGCAGCAUUAUAAAGCAUAUUCCACAAGAGAACCGAAAUGCAAAAAAAGGAAGUAAAGUUGUUUUCAGCACUGAUGGUAUUUAAAUCAACUAUGAUGUAUUUAUGUCCUGAACUGUGUUUUACCUUUGUAUUUGUAAUAAAAUGUUCUACUUUGAUUGUUA